AUCGUCAGCCGCCGCUCCCUCAUCCCCCUCCGGGCCCACUCACCUCGAGGAUCUUCACGAGCCGCGUAUACUUUUCGUCCUCCUUGAUCUGCGCCCAGAUCGUCUUCUGCGUCUCGUCGCCGCCGAGCACGCCCUCGGCGCUGUCGACGGCGUCGGCCGCCCACCGGCCCACAUCCCACGAAGGGAGCACGAAUGCGUGCGCGAGCGGCGCAAGUGAUAGAACUGCGAGCCUCAUAGUGGCUUGCUGGCUUGCUGGCUUGCUGGCUUGCUAGUGGGAGAAGUCAAGUGGCGAGCGCAGCUAUAUGCCCCCCGCGCGACUGCGCAAUGACGUUGGUGCGUCACGUGCAGGACGAAGACGCAAGUGUGAACUGGGCCCGUGUCGAGGUCGGGAAAGCCGGCGGCCGGCUGAGCUGGGAUGCUGCACGGGUCUGCGUAGUGAGUGUAUUGGAUUGUAUUGCACUGCGGCUGCGGCCCGCGGCCUGCGACCUGCGACCUGCGGGUGCAUGAGAAAGAUGUCGGCCGACGGCCUGUGGAGCGGACGCAGUGCGUCAUCGGCCGUCAUCGCGGGAAAGCCGUACAUUCAGCGGAAGAGCAAUGGUGCCAGAGGACCCCAAAACGAGCUUGCGAGCACGCAUGUGCGUGGCUGGGAACCGAUUCGGACCGGCCGACGUGCAUUGCGUGCACGAGAGAGGAGAGGUCUUGGCCGUCUUGGCUGGGCUUUAUUCACACUGGGAUGAGGAUGGCUCAGGCCCCAGAUUUCAGUGGCCAGAGAUCCAGAGAUCCAGAAAGAAGCAGAAUCUCGCAAGUCUUGCCCAGACCGACGCCUCGAACACCUU